AUGCAGCUCACACUGAACUUGGUCGCCACGGGCCUAGGGCUUCUCGCGCCCGGCGCUGAAGCGCUUCUUCGUUUCUCGUGUUCUCAGCUCGUAGUCGAGCGUCUAGACCCGCUCGUGAACCCCGGCGUAGUAGGAACGCCACAUGUCCACCAGAUCAUCGGCGGCAAUGCCCUCAACGCAUCCAUGGAGUAUCCCCGAGUGGAUAUCCCUAGCGAGGCGACCUGCACGACCUGCACCUUCGCCGAGGACACAUCGAAUUACUGGACCGCAGUCCUUUAUUUCCGUGCGCGUAAUGGAACUUUCAAGAGGGUCCCGCAGAUGCCCAACGCAGGCUUCGAGAGCGCCAAGGGGGGCAUGACUGUCUACUACACGCCGUCCUACUCCGGGGGCAAGGUUACCGCUUUCCAACCUGGCUUCCGCAUGAUCGUCGGAAACCCGACAUACCGAACAGAGGAACAGGCUAAGAAGUUCCGUCAACUCACUUACACUUGCUUGGAUAACAUCAUGACGCGAUCGGGCGAGACGCUGUACUUACCGAAGAAGGUCUGCAAGGCCGGCAUCAUGGCCAACAUUCGCUUCCCGACUUGCUGGGACGGCAAGAACCUCGACACAGCCGACCACUCCUCUCAUGUCGCGUACCCCUCUAGCGGUACGUUCGAGAACGGAGGGCCUUGCCCGUCGACGCACCCAGUCAAGAUCCCGCAACUCUUCUACGAGGUUAUCUGGGACACGCGGGCCUUCAACAACCCGGCCGACUGGCCCGAGGACGGCUCGCAGCCCUUCGUCUGGAGUUACGGCGACCCGACCGGAUACGGCAACCACGGCGAUUAUGUUUUCGGCUGGAAAGGUGACGCGCUCCAGAAAGCGAUGGACUCGAACUGCAAUAUCAACUGCCCCCAACUCAAGACCCAGUCUAUCCAGCAGGCCAACCAAUGCACCAAGCAGACCGUCGUCAACGAGGACAUCGAUGGCUGGCUGACGGAACUCCCUGGCGGGAUGCCAGUUACCGAUGCAACUGGAAAAGUCAUUGGUUAA